GAGUGUUUGAAAGGAUGGCUGAAGAGUGGUUACCAUUUAUGAAGUACUUUCGUGAAAAAAAUGAAAAGGGUAAAGUACGGGUAGGGCCUCCAAGUCAUGACAAUUGGGAGAAUGCUAAAGCUUUUGUGCACUUUUUAAAAAAGUUUUAUGAUGUAACCUUAGAGUUAAGUGCAUCAAAAACUCCCACCUCUCAAUUGCUUUAUCAAUCCAUGAUUGCACUACAAAUUGAGAUAGAAAAAAAGAAAAAUGACAAUUCUGACCCAAUUCUCAAGAAGGUGGCUAGUGCAAUGAUGUUGAAGUUUCAAAAGUAUUGGGGCGAGUGGAAUACUAUGAAUCCUUUAAUUUUUAUUAGCAAUAUUUUGGACCCAAGAAACAAGCUUCAGAUGAUUAAAGUCAGUAUCAAGAAGCUGCCAGCUACUUCUAUAAAGGUCCAAGAUUUUGUUGAUAAAGUCAAAAGUGACUUAGCGACUCUGUGGGCAGAAUAUAAAGGCAUAAAUGAGACCACUAAUGUUGAGCGGCAAAGUAUGAAAUUGGAGUUGGAAGGUGGAGAUGGUACUAAUAAUGCAGGUGAUGGUCUUUGGGAUGAGUUGUUUACCGACGUUGAAGCACAAAAUGAAGAAGAGCAACUCCAAGAGAUUUCUAAUGAGGUAGAUAAGUACCUAGCUGAUGAGAUUGAGAAGAGAUCUAAUCAAUCUUUUAAUCUUUUGGAGUGGUGGAAAGGAAGUGAAACUAGGUAUCCAAUUCUUUCAUUGAUUGCAAAAGAUAUUUUUGCAAUACCAAGUUCAACAGUUGCUAGUGAGUCUGCUUUUAGUUUAGGUAAAAGAGUUGUUGAUCCCUUUAGAAGCAGUUUAAGUCCUAAAAUGGUUGAAGCUUUGAUUUGUACGAAUGAUUGGUUAAGAGCAGAGGAUUUCAGCUUUUAUAAGGAUCCAACAGAUGAUGACCUUGACUUGUAUAAAGAGAUUGAAGAAAUUGAAAAGAAUGCAAAUGUGACUCAAGAACGUUCUCAGACUCAGCUGCCAGUAUGAAUGCAUGGUUGCCAUUGGAGCUCAAGGAAUGAUUAAACGAUAGCCAUGAGUUCAGUGAUCAUGUGGAUUUCAGAUUUCGAGCUGCUUCAUCUAUUUUGCUUUAAUGAAUUAUAUGCUAUAAUUUCAUUUAAAUAUGUACUUGAAUUGUUUUUUUGUCAGAUUUAAUGUGCUUUGACAUUUUAAAUUUGCAUUGCCUUGAUUCCCUUGAGCCUUAGAUUCUUGAAUAGGGUUGAACAUGAUUGUAAGUUUUUCAUAUUUUUUGUUUUAAAAUUGGUAUUUAUUGACUUCGGUCCUACAAAUGUUUCAAAUUAUGUUGUUGAUGUUCC